AUGACACCCCAUGGAAAUUGGAAUUUGUCAGUGGUGCCUCUGCAGGAGUUUGUGCUGGAGGGGUUUCAGGGUGGGCGGCAGACCCAGGCCCUGCUCUGUGCCCUCUUCCUGGCCCUGUACUUGGCGGCCGUCCUGGGGAACCUCACCAUGAUCGUGGUCAUCACCCUGGAUGCCCGUCUGCACUCCCCAAUGUACUUCUUCCUCAAGAACCUCUCCUUCCUGGACCUGUGCUACUCAACUGUCAUCUACCCCAAGGCCCUGGCCAACUUCCUGUCCUCGUCCAAGGUCAUCUCCUUUGGGGGCUGUGCCACCCAGCUGUUCUUCUUCUCCCUGCUGGCUACUACUGAGGCUUUCCUCUUGGCUGUGAUGGCCUAUGACCGCUUCCUGGCCAUCUGCACCCCCCUACACUAUCCCAUCACCAUGUGCCCCACGGCCUGUGCCCGCCUGGUGCUGGGCUGCUAUGGUGGAGGCUGCCUCAAUGCCAUCCUGCAGACCAGCUUCACAUUCAGCCUCCCCUUCUGCAGCUCCAGCCACAUCGACCACUUCUUCUGCGAUGUGCCCCCGCUGCUCCUGCUCGCCUGUGCUGACACAGCCAUCAACAAGCUGGUCAUGUUUGGCAUCUGCGGGCUCAUCAUCGUGGGCACCACACUUGGGGUCCUCAUCUCCUAUGCCUACAUCACCGUGACCAUCCUGAGGAUGCGCUCAGGCGCAGGCAGACACAAGCUCUUCUCCACCUGUGGCUCCCACAUGACGGCCGUGUCCCUCUUUUAUGGGACCGUCUUUGUCAUGUAUGCCCAGCCGGGCGCGGUGGAGUCCAUGGAGCAGGGCAAGGUGGUCUCUGUCUUCUACACCCUGGUCAUCCCCGUGCUCAACCCCCUCAUCUACAGCCUGCAGAACAAGGAGGUGAAGGAGGCCCUGCGGAGACUGGGCCACAAGCUCACAGCCCCCUGA